AUGGGGAGUUCAUCAUUUGUUUCCGAUGUUUGUGAAGCCGAUUAUUACGGCGAGGACUGCACUUUUAAAUGUCACUGUCUGAACGGAGCACCAUGUAACAAAUCCACUGGGGAGUGUCAAAACGGACUCUGCGCCAGGAACUUUGCCACCUACGAUGGGACUCCUGAGUGCCAAGCAUGUAAAGGGUUUUCUUACGGCUUCAACUGCUCCCAGGAAUGUCAUUGUGAUGAAGAAGCUUGUGACCUGAAACUAGGACGUUGCAAUGGAAAAUGCCUCAAGAACUGGUUGCCACCAAAUUGCGUACGAGGCGUGUCUCGGCUCACCACCAACCCUAAGGUGAACCCUGGCCAACCUUCAAACAUUACAUGCCAUGUCUAUGGGGAUCCUCCUCCGAGUUUCGACGCUAUUUAUCUGACCAGUGACUUGGGCAAAUCGAGCAGUACCGCUACCGGUAUCGUAUCCCGGAGCGUGGCGGUUACCGGUUCCGAGACCGUCAUUGUCUUCGACGUCGCGGCGAUCGAGGAAGGAGAGGUGUUUUCGUGCUUGUUGGCCGAGGAGAGUCAGAUCGCCAUUCUGGAAGUGGAAUCAAGUACUUACGAUUUACCCGUCAUUUCCAAGCCACUCGAGGCUACGUUCAUCGGCACGCACGAGAUCACUGUUGAAUGGGAACCAUGGCAGCCAGAUAUAGAUGAGGGAGACGUCCCGCUAACUGAAUACAUAGUCAUAUACCACAAUAUGACGUCACCGGAUGACUGGAUGGAAGCGGUUAGUGUGACCCCGGAUCAGAACUUUACCGCGUCGAUUACCGGGCUGCGGCCGGAUACAGAUUAUGAGUUUGCUGUUGCCGGAGUUCGAGCCGGACCGGGGGGAAUCGGUUUACCGGGUCCGGCUAUUAGAGUGACAACGCACUGCGAACGUCCAAACAUCCAUUCUUUCAACUUGACGGUGACCUCAACUGCAGCGAGUCAGAUUGAGCUGACUUGGGAGAAACCGGCAGAGAGCAAAUCCCGAUGUCGAAGUGGAUUCCAAACCUUCACGAUCGUAUACUCCAAAAGAGAUUCUCAAGACAACGAAACGCAGCUUGACGUGCCGUUCGCUGAUCCACCAAUGUACACCAUCGCUGACCUUGAAGUCUGUACCGAAUACGUCAUUCGCAUAGGAGCAUCAAAUAAAUUUUCUCACAGCGAAUUCAGUGAGCCGGUCAACGCUCAGACAACUGCGGAAGUCGUCCCUGCUCCUAAAGAUCUUAAGGUUACGGUUGUCACGCCCUCAGCGGUGACCCUACAAUGGUCCAUCCUGAACUCAACACAACCAUGUCAGAACAUCAGCGGAUAUGAAAUACUGUACAGAAGAACAUAUCCUAGACCAGAUAAAUUGGGCAAAGUCAUUGCUGUAGAGUCAAGUGAGAGGAAGGUGGAUUAUUCCAUUCAAAACUUAUGGCAGAAAACAAACUUCUCGAUUCAGGUUCGUGUUAUAAACGGAGCCGGUAAAGGUCCGUGGUCUCACGAGGUAUACACCCAAACAUUGGCAUAUCGACAUUAUCCUCAAGAACAGAGAUUAAUGAACGUCCCCAACAAAAACAGUGACGAUGUUCCUGACUCGGACAACCGGAGGAAAUAUCCAAGGUAUCUAUCUGGAAUACUUGCCGGGAUCGCCUUGAUUCUCAUCGCCCUUCUCAUCAUCGGUAUCAUCGUCUAUAGAAGGCGAAGGAGAAAGAUUCAAUCAACAGAGCCAGUUAUGACUUUAAAAAGUUUAGAAGUACAGGAGUAAAUGAAAGCGGCACAAUCAGGACACUUUCAGUUCCUCCAGUUUUUGACGUCUGGUGUGCGAAAUGGUGUGAGAAUGGGCAUUACUCAUACAGAUGAUGAUUAAACACAUUGUACAAUUUUUCUAGUGGAUUUUCAUGGAUAUCAUUCGAUCUUUGACAAUAUUUAUUAAAUGUGGACUUCCAUAUCAUUUUACAGCGAGUGGUGAUAAGCGUUCAGGAAUCUGUACGAUACCCUGCCAAUUUAUAGGCACGUGCAUGUAAAAAAGAUAAAAUUGUGAUCUUUAAAGAUCUUAAAUGGUUGUUGGGCACUGCAACCAUGGUAGUUAACCAUGCUAAUUACCAUUGGAUGGAAAUGUUUAUAAUGGCGCUUUUAGGCAACGGACCUCAACGACUCGUCCAGAAAAUCCUAUCCUUUCAUAUUGGAAUCAUCAGCUUUUCUUGGAGCUUUAUUCAUACCGUCUUUAAGGAAAGCAUCCUUGAGAUAGUGUCUAGUUUCUG